AUGGAGGCUUUAGACGGGCCGUUGUUGUUUCGUGUGGCGGAAGCUACCGGCGAGGCUGUUACCACCAUCGCGAACAUCGCUUCCGUAUCCCGCGCCUUCGCCCGUGUCGCCCGCUCGGAGCUAUGGCUGCGUUACUGUCUCGCGCGCGUCGCGCUUGCGGAAGACGGCGAGGCGGCGGCGGUGGCGGCGGUGGCGGCGCGCCUGGUGCGCGAGGCAGGAAGCGCCGAUGCGCCGCGAAACGCGGCGAGCAUCCUGGCGCGCUGCAUGAGUGCGUGCCCGGGCGUGGUACCCGCGCGCUCCAACGCGCUGCGAGUGGAAGCCGAGCCAUGGGGUCGCUGGUCCGGGGAAUUCUCAACGGAGUUCUGCAGCGAUACGGAGGAGGAAAGCGGCGCAGUCGGGGGAAGUGUGGGUGUGGGAUGCGGCAAGGUACAUGACGAUGCAUUGGAGGAGAGCGGCGUCAAUCCUCACGUCAGCGAUUCCUGUGCCCUCUCCUGCGCCCUCGCCACUCGGCUCUUUCUGGACGAAUGCUUCCUCCCCGCCCCUUUCUGCCCAUCGCCGCUCUUUUUGGGCGAGGUGGAAGAAGACGAAAAGCGGAAAGCUAGGGGGGAAGAUAAGGGGGAAGGGGACGAAAGGGGGAAAGCUAGGGAGGAAGUUAGGGAGGAAGGAGCGCAGGAGGGCGCGGCUGUGUUGAUGGCAGCAGGGGACUGUGGGCAGGAGCACGAGGCAAAGGCUGAGGAUGAGGAGGAGGAGGAGGAGGAGGAGGAGCGUUGUGAGGUGGUGCGGGGAGCGAUUGCUGGGUUCAAGCAUUCUCGUUUUCACAGCCUGCUGCAAGGCCAGGCGUUUGCUCCAAGCGCAUGCCCCUUCUGCCAUGACCAGGGUCACCUGUUUGGACUGUACAAAGCACCGUGCUCGGACUAUUCUGAUGAAGACAACAAUUAUGAUGAUUGGUAUGAUGACUACGACCGUUGGUCGGAUGAGGUUGAUGACUUGGAUGAUAGAAUGGACCGUCUUGACGGGCUGGUGUUGUUUCGUGUGGCGGACGCUACCACCGAUGCGGUUACCACCAUCGCCAACAUCGCCUCCGUCUCCCGCGCCUUCGCUCGCGUCGCCCGCGCGGAGCUAUGGCCGCGUUACUGCCUCGCGCGCGCCGCGCUUGCGGAAGACGGCGAGGCGGCGGCGGUAGCGGCGGUGGCGGCGCGCUUGGUGCGCGAGGCGGCCAGCGCCGAUGCCCCGCGAAACGCGGCGAGCAGCCUAGCGCGCUGCAUGAGUACGUGCCCGGGCGUGAUACGCGCGUGCUCCAUCGCUCUGCGAGUGCACGGGGGAAGUGAGGAUCCAUUGGAGGAGAGCGGCAGCCACUUCUCCAUUGAUUAUCACAUUAGCGACUCCUCUGCCCUCUCCUCCGCCCUCGCCACUCAGCUUUUUGAGGACGAGUGCUUCCUCCCCGCCCCUCCUUCCCGCUCGUCGCCUCGUCCUCCUCCUUGCACCCCGAGCCGCUCCUCUUCCCACCGCUCUUCCAACCACAAGCUCCACCGCUCUUCCCGCCACUCUAACACCUCCCACCCCUUCCUGCCUCCAUGCCCCUCGCCGGGGGAUGACAGGAGUGUGGGUGAAGUGGACAGGGGAAAAAAGAGGAAAGAAAGAGAGGAAGAUGGGGGGAAAGGGGCGCAGGAGGGCGCGGCUGUGUUGAUGGCAGCCGGGGGCUGUGGGCGGGAGCAUGGGGGUGAGGGCGAGCGUUUUGAGACGUCUCUAAACCAGGAGGGCGCGGCGGUGUUGAUGGCAGCAGGGGGCUGUGGGGACGAGCAUGAGGAUGAUGAUGAGGGCAAGGCUUGUCAUGUGGUGCGGGGAGCAAUUGCUGGGUUUAAGAAUUCACAGUAA